AUGGGACCACAGAAUCUAACACGUGUCUCUGAAUUCCUACUCCUGGGCCUUUCAGAAGAUCCAGAGCUGCAGCCCCUCCUCUUUGGAAUGUUCCUGUCUAUGUACAUGGUCACAGUGCUUGGAAAUUUGCUCAUCAUUUUCACCGUCAGUUCUGACCCCCAACUCCACAACCCUAUGUAUUUCUUUAUCUCAAUCUUAUCCAUAGCUGACAUUGGUUUGAUUUCAGACACAAUCCCAAAGAUGCUUAUAAAUUUAUACACACACCAUCGCAUUAUCACCUAUGCUGAUUGUCUGAUUCAGUUGUGUUUCUUAAUUUUUUUUGGAAGUAUGGACAACCUACUUUUGAUGGUGAUGGCCUAUGAUAGAUUUGUGGCCAUCUGUCACCCACUUCACUAUCCCAUUAUUAUGAACCCCUACUUUUGUGGCUUGCUGGUUUGGGUGUCUAUUUUUCUCAGUGUUUUGGAAUCCCAACUGCACUACUUGAUGAUGUCACUACUUACCUUCUGUACCGAAAUGGAAAUUCCUCAUUUCUUCUGUGACCCUUCUCAACUCCUCAACCUUGCCUGCUCAAAGACAACCACUAAAAACAUAUUAGUGUAUUUUAUCGCUGCUAUAUUUGGUGGUGUUCCAAUUUCAGGUAUCCUAUUCUCUUAUACCCGAAUUAUUUCCUCCAUUCUGAAAAUCCCUUCGUCAAGUGGAAAGCAUAAAGCCUUUUCCACCUGUGUAUCUCAUUUUUCAGUAGUUUCCUUAUUUUAUGGAACAGGUAUUGGAGUGUACCUGAGUUCAGUUGUUUCACCCUCUCUCAAGAGUGGUGCAGCAGUCUCAGUGAUGUACUCCGUGGUCACCCCCAUGCUGAAUCCCUUCAUCUACAGCCUGAGAAACAAGGAUAUCAAAAGGGCCAUGCAGAGGCUCAUCAAGAGACCAGCAUAA